AUUUAUAGCUUUGGAUGUAUAAUAUAUACAUUUAGAUAAUUCUAAGAAAAAAAAGACAAAUAGCAAACAUGUAUAUAUUUACCGAGGUUUUCUCAACUGUCUUUGAAAUUUAUGAGGGUUGUCGUAUGCAGUGUGCUCUUAAGAAUGUUGAAUUGUGGAUAGAAGAUGAAGUUGUUAAUUAAUACCCGAAGUUAACCAUAUAAAUUAGAAUCCAGAUACACAAAAUAAGUUUUUCCGUGUUGUAUAAAGCAUGUUAGUGGGCCGGUAGGCCAAAAUUAAGAGAGGCAUACGUUCGCACGUAUGAGCGCGGCAAGGGAGAUUCCUUAGCAAUUAAGCGGAAGCUUUUGAUUUUAACAGAGUUCCUUUUCCCCUUCUUUAAAAUGUUAUACCGACAAUUUUUUUUAUUUGUUUUUUUGUUCAGUCAAAGAAAGAAAAAGAGCAAAAAUGAGCGUUUGGUUUGGGAGAGGUUUCCUCUUUAACUCUAGCCUUCUGGAAACUUUGAUUUUCGCAGCUAAGGUUUACACAGACUUCAAACCUUUGUCCGAAGAUCUCGCAUCAACUUUGGAGAGAUUAAUUCCUCUGUCGGAAGAGAUAGAAUCUUUCCAAGGGAAACUAGACUUUGCCUAUGGGGAUCUCAAGGAACUUGUUGAUACUCUCUUUCGAGCUCGUGAAGUGGUUAACACCUGUAUAGAAGGCGUCUCUUGGUUCCAGAAACCUAUCCUCACAAGAGAGAUUCAGCGAAUCAUUAAUGAUAUGCUCAAGUUCUCUCAGACUAAGCUACAGUUUCUUCAGUUCAGGACCCUGGACGAUGGUGGUUUAUGUAAGAGAAUUGAUGGCUUCAGCGUUCCUGUUUAUACGGAUCUUUGUUCUGUUCCCCUGCCUGAUAAGGAUCUCCUUGGAUUUGAUUACCCCUUGAUGGAGCUUAAGAAGAAGCUCCUUGAUGAUUCUGUGGGUAGUCUUGUGGUGUGCGCUCCUCCCGGUUGCGGCAAGACCACGCUCGUUGCUCAGCUUUGCCACGACCAAGAAAUCAAAGUGUUUCCAUUGGCAGGAGUGUUCAAACAUAUCUUCUAUUGGGUUACUUCAAGAACCCCUAACUUGAGGGUCAUGGUACAGCAUCUACUUCUGCACAACGGUUUCAAAGAUCUUACAUUCACCAACGAUUCUCAAGCAGCUAACUGCUUAAGAAAACUGCUAGAGGAACUUAAAGGAAACGGUGGUAUAUUGCUGGUGUUUGAUGAUGUGUUUGCUGGAGCAGAAUCCUUGCUUAAGACGUUUCAGAUAAACCUACAAGAUUAUAAGAUUUUGGUCACUUCUCAGUUUGAGUUUGCCAGUUUUGGUCCCACUUAUCAUCUGAAACCUUUGGAACAUCAAGAUGCCAAGAACCUUCUCAUUCAGCUUGCAUCACCACUGCCUCAUCACACAAAUCCAUAUGAGUUUGAAGAUCUUCUUCAAAAGACGUUGAAACGUUGCAAUGGACUCCCGCUUGUGAUUGAAGUAGUUGGUGUUUCCCUUAAAGGAAGAAGUCUACAUUUAUGGAAAGACCAAGUCGAAAGCUGGUCUGAAGGGAAAACAAUUCUAGAACGUCUGCAGCCUAGCUUCAAUGCCCUGGAACCUCAUCUUAAAGAGUGUUUCAUGGACAUGGGCUCGUUUCUUGAGGACCAAAAGAUACGUGCUUGGGUAAUAAUUGACUUAUGGGUUGAACUAUACGGUACCAGUAGUAGUAGUAGUAUUGUGUACAUGAAGUACCUCAAUGACCUUGCUUCCCAGAACCUGCUUAAACUUAUUCCUCUCAGGAGAAGUGAGCAGGAAGACGGAUUCUACAAUGGGCUCUUAGUCACUCAACAUGAUGUCCUGAGGGAGCUGGCUAUCCAUCAAAGCCGAUUGGAAUCAAUCCUGGAAACAAAAAGAUUCAAGUUGGAGAUCAUAAAGAACAAAUUUCCAGAGUUGUAUUUGCGUCUAAAGCAGCCUAUUAAUGCUCGUCUCUUGUCUAUCUCCACAGAUGAUUUGUUCUCAUCGAGUUGGGUUGAAAUGGAUUGCCCCAACGUUGAGGCGUUAAUACUAAAUCUUUCUUCAUCAGACUAUGCAUUACCAAGCUUCAUUGCUGGAAUGAAGAAGCUAAAGGUUUUGACCAUCACAAACCACGGUGUUUCCCUUGCAAAGAUAACAAACUUCUCGUGUCUCGGUUCAUUACCAAACCUGAAACGGAUCAGGUUUGAGAAAGCUUCAGUCACUUUGCUGGACCUUGCCCAAUUGCGACUCGACAGUCUCCAGAAGAUAUCUUUUGUUAUGUGUAGUUUCGGUGAGGUUUUCUAUGAAUGUGUAGAUAUCGAUAUCUCUAAAGCUCUUCCUAGCUUACAGGAGAUUGAGAUAGACUAUUGCUACGACCUCGAUGAGGUGCCGUAUUGGGUAUCUCAAGUUGUUUCGUUGAAGAAACUUAACGUCACGAACUGUUACAAGCUUUCUAGACUUCCAAAUGAUAUAGACAACUUGAGUAAACUAGAGGUGUUGAGGCUGGCUUCUUGUUUUAAUCUCUGCGAGCUGCCUGAAACGACUAGCGAACUCAGAAAUUUGCGGUUUCUGGAUGUUUCUGAUUGCACGGGGUUGAGAAAGCUGCCUCUAGAGAUUGGGAAGCUGCAGAAGAAGUUGAAGAAGAUCUCGAUGAGGAAAUGUUGGAGAUGCGAAUUGCCUGGUUCAGUGGUAAAUCUAGAGAAUCUGGAGCUGAUAUGACAUGAAACUGAAUUGGUGUGACGUACAUCAUUGUAGAGAACUCAGUAGUUCUCAAGAAACUUUGUUCUGAAUAUGUGUUUUUCCAUGCUGGAACACAACUUCAUGCUUAGUAUGGUUGUAUAGUCAUGGGCUUCAUAUGCCCAUGGGCUUUUUUUCCCUAGCUAGUACAUUAUUAUACACCGUUUCCACA